AUGGAACUACAGGCCACAUCAGACAAAGCUGCCAACGAAGCAUUGAACAGAUCAGAGCAAGUUGCCAAGGAGGCACUGGACAGACAAGUCACCUUUGAGAAUGCACUCUCUAGGCAACUCUCCUCCUAUCUGGACAAGUUCUCCCAGCAACAGGAGGACCUGAACCAGUCCAAUGCCUCCAUCCAAGGUCUAGUCACCACCUUCAUUGGCCAGGCCAACAAGCAACUUUCCUCCAUGGGUAUCGGUGGCAUCCACUUCGAUCCCUCCGAUGGCACGCCACAAAGCUUGAUGAGUGGUAUUGAGGAGCCUCUCAGUCUCAAAGAGAGCAUCAUUGACCAACUGAAGGCCCUCAAGGAGGAGGAAUACACCCAUCAGACCACAACACCGUUCCACACCAGCCACCAGAACAGUCUCCCACCGUUCCCUCUGCAGUACACUCCCAUCCAGCCCGUCUUAUCAACUAGUGCCCCCAUGUUCCAGUUUCCCAAGCGUCACCAUGCCUUCCAUGGUCCACAACAACCAUGCAGGCAACCAGACCUUCUGUUCCAUUCCAUGUUACCCAAGGGACACAGCACGCACUACUCUGGCAGAUGGCUGCUCAAUCCGGAUAAUGAGAGGGUAUGGAUUCACUACUCCACACCGCUGGAUGCCGCAGAACUACCGGCCAAUGUUCCCAAUGACCCAACACAUUGGAUCAACCGGAGAUUCCCAGAUGGAUACGUCCUUCUACCCAAUGGGGAAUGGUUACUACCCUACCCCACUGAUAGGACCUACAACUACACCAGGCCAACUGACCCUGUGUUCACCCCGGCUACCACAGGCCUCACUCCUACAACUGCCUAUACCACACCAGGACAGCCAGUAGCAAUGCCUGUGGAGGAGCCCACAAUGAGGAAUCCCGUCUUCACGCCCCACCCUGUCACCAGCAAUGUCAUGCCACGACCGAUGGACAAACCCUCCAUAUUCUCAGGCUUCCACGGUACAACACCCAUGCGAGGCUUUGACGGACACAACCCUAGCAAGACAGGUGAUCCUGGUGACCCAUGUGGAUCUGGGUACCAUGGUGACAACCACAGUGGCUUCAACUAUGGCGACGGCCGUGAUACACCCAACUAG